AUGAAGGUCCUCUUUCUGUUUGCCGUUCUCCACUGUCUGGUCCCCAGGACCUCGGGGGAUAUUCCGCCUGGAAUCCGAAAUACUAUCUGCCUUUUGCGCCAUGGGACCUGCAGGCUUUUUUUCUGCCGUUCUGGUGAGAAAAAGGGGGACAUCUGCUCGGAUCCUUGGAACAGGUGCUGCCUAUCCCCAGACGCGGAGACCUGA